AAUAAAGCCCAAGCAAUGAAACCAGUGACCGGUGUUACUUCAGCUUCCCAUCGAGUGUCUGAGUUAUGACCAGCAGUGAACACGUGAGCCGAGGAAUGGGUGGUGAGGCUGUGUCACUGCUCCCCAGAAAAACAUGCCGUGUGGAUUUUGCUCUAAAAACCCAGUCCGACUUGUCCUGUCAUUUAUUGACAACUGCUUACUCGGAGGCACUGGGUGUCAGCAGCGCAGAGCACUGCAUGAAUGGCCACCAAGCCAGGCUCGUCUGCACAAGCCUGGCCUUAGCACACGCUGCAGAACCUGGGAAGGUUUUGCCAGCUUAUUCAGCUAAGCCUAAAUUCUGUCCUCCUUUGAAAGGACAUCUUCUUUCACUCGGCUUUCCUAGACACAGGCAAAGCAUUGUUCUUAGUGAAUGGAAAAGCACGUUUCAUUUGUGGCACUCAGAAAUGAGGUAGUAAUUGGAGCUGAAAUUCAGGCAUCCCGUCCCUGCAGCUCUUCUCCAGAAGGCAGCAUAAAACGGUCCAGCUUUUGCAUUGCCCUUUCUGGAGAACUGGAUGCACCGUUAGCAAGUACUUCUUGAAACAGAUGGUGAGCCUGUGUCCACAUUUAAUACACAACCUUUUUGCUGUUAAUGAAUGCCUCAAUAUUGCAACCCCUCUCUGUGCUCCAGGGCGGGCUGUCCCAGCCGUGUCACCUUUGGUGGGUGGGUCAGAGCCCAGGGCACCCCCUGAAGGCUCACCUUGCUCGCAGGUGCCCUGCGCAGCGGGGACCUGAGCCUGCUGCUGCUGGCAAGUACAGGAUUAGCACAUCCAAUUAGUGUUCCUCAAUCUAAUUCCUUUUUCAUAACUUUUAUGCUUGUGUAAUGCUACCUGCUUGAGCAGAGUCGUUCCUAAUCUGCUUCAGUGCAGAAGCAAUACCGAGCUCCGCAACAAAGUUGGGCUACUUGUCUUAAAGUUCUCAGAUAUAAAAAUAUAAGUGUUAUGGGACAGACUCUGUGGGUAGCGAUCCAGCAAUCACAGCCAUUUCAUUACUAGUGGAGGAUCUGGCCCAUGCUACUUUCUGAGGAUAUACUUUUUUAUCUCCCAGUCCUUCUCUGAAUGCUGUGCGCCAGAGUAAAACCAAUAUCGGUUUUGGUCAUAUUUAUAUGGAGGAUUUUUCAUGGUAAGUCAUCACAAAUGAAAAUCGAAGCUUCAUUCAACUCCCCUGGCGUCAGCUGAGCGCUGGCGACGCAGCGGCCAGGACACGCUCCGGGACGUGCGGCCGUGGGGCGAUGCUGUGGGAGGACCAGAGAGACCGAACGCAGGGACGCAGCAGCUGGGUGGAGAGGGGGCUUCCCCGGGAGAGCAUCAUAGCAGCUGGUGUCUGCAUUUAAAGCACUUAAAGCUUUUACCAUUCAAAGCAAUUACGUUUCUAUGCUUGUCUCGGCACACCAAAUUUACCCUCAUAAAGCAUCUCCUAUGGAGUGAGGUGGUACUUCCCCCUCCCUGAAUCACAGGCUCAGCUUGGCAGCCCUGCCUGGAAAUCCUCCAGCCAGAGGGGGCUGAGGGGCACCAAAGCGACAGUAACAGCACAGAGACUCCAGGUGGGUUUCUCUCUUCCUUCUUACUCUGAUUUUGGUACAAAAGUUAUUAGUCAUGUGACUCCACGCGAAAUAAUAAAUGAAGUGCGUUAGGGGAUUACACCACCACGGAGAAAAUCCCACCCUCAUAAUCCCCUGCUGGGCCUUAAUCUGAAGACCUUCCCAUUUUACCUCCUUUCUAUUUUAAACCUGAACUCUUAAUAUCUGGCAUGAGCCCAUCACCCCCCUGAGCCUCAUUGGCCGGGGAGGGAUUUGCUGGGUACUUAAAUGUCACCCUCUUGUCCAAAGAGGGGUUUGUGCUUUUGGGUUUUCCUGGGGAGAGGUGUCUUUCGCGCCCAUCACCAACACCGCAUCGGUACAGCCCGCGCACAAGGCAGUUUGUUUUUGCCUGAUACUGCGAUCCCUGCAGUGCUGGGGACGUUUGGACUUCAAAGGCAAGAAGCAGGAUUUAAAGGAAAGCCUUCAAAUUUCAGAAAACAUCCCUUUUUGGCUGCAAAGUGACCAGCACUUGGUGUGGAGAUGGGGAACAUGGAUGGGAAAACCGUGGAGGAGCUGAGCACUACCGAGUGCCACCAGUGGUAUAAGAAGUUCAUGACGGAGUGUCCUUCUGGCCAGCUCACCCUGUAUGAGUUCAAACAGUUUUUUGGCUUGAAAAACCUGAGUCUGGCAGCGAACAAAUACGUUGAGCAAAUGUUUGAGACGUUUGACUUUAAUAAGGAUGGCUACAUAGAUUUCAUGGAGUAUGUGGCAGCUCUGAGUCUGGUCCUGAAAGGCAAGGUGGAUCAGAAGCUGCGAUGGUAUUUCAAGCUCUACGAUGUGGACGGGAACGGCUGCAUUGACCGGGGAGAACUGCUGAACAUCAUCAAAGCUAUUCGAGCUAUCAACCGGUGCAAUGAAACGAUGACAGCCGAGGAAUUCACUGACAUGGUGUUUGACAAAAUUGAUAUAAACGGAGAUGGUGAGCUCUCCCUGGAAGAGUUCAUGGAGGGUGUGCAAAAGGACGAGGUGCUGCUCCAGAUCCUCACCCGCAGCCUGGACCUGACACACAUCGUCCAGUUGAUCCAGAACGACGGGAAGAACCCGCACGAGCCGGAGCAGCCGGCGGAGGCUGCCCAGUAAGCUCCUGGGACGUCUUCCUUCCCUUCAUCUCUACUUUUUCCCCCUCGCAUUAUUAAAACGAAACGUGUUGUGGUUGCAAGAGCUGGCGAGCUGUCCCAGCACCAGUGCGACCAGCGACAGACUACCCCACUGGCACAGGGACCAGGAUCUGCUCCGAAGGCAGCGCUCCCCUGGCAGAUGGCUCGGGGCAGUCCGGAGCUCCCCGGGCACUGCCCUGGCCCUGCCUGCCGCAGCUGCACCAGCCGGCGGGAGGAAAGGCUGCUGCAAAGACAGGGUGCUGCGACGGCAGCUCGUCGUGCUCGAAGCACACAGCCGCCCCCAGGACUGUCCCCAGGGCCGCGGGGCCCUUCGCCGUGCGGGGGCCUCUGGAUAUUGCUGCUGAGCAGAGGGGGGUAAUGCUUCGCCUCCCUGGGAAAGGCGAGCGGCACCAUGCGAUGCGGUACGAUAACGCACCAGGAGAGCCUCAAAAUUCACACCGAGGCUGUGGCCGAUGCCAGCAUCUGCAGCCGCCGGGGGACGAACCCCAGGGCUGCCUGGCACUUGGCCCCAGUGAGGGGGGGUCCCUAAGGACACAUAUACUGAAACUAGAAAGCAGACCUGAACCUUCUUUUCCCAUACCUAUUUCCAGAGCGUGAAAUCAGCGGUUUUGGUCACUUGUUCUUUGAUUUGUUACUAUGUUAGCAGUCAGUGACAACGCAAGGUAAAAACAUCUAUGAGCUAGCAAACGGAGAGUGGUAGAGUGGUGAAUGCACUGGCUUUUCUUUAUUUAAAAACAUUAAAAACAUAGAAUGGUGCCUUUUUUACCAACUAUCUGAACUUUAAGGGCAUGUUUCUCCUUGAAGUAUCUGGAAGGGCUGCAAUGGCAGUACCUGAGAGGGAAAAGAUUUGAACGUUUGUCAGCAUAUUCCUGCACGGCUUAUCACCUGUACAGCAAACUGAAUUCUCCUGCAAGUUACACCCCGUGGCACCCUCGAGCAUGCUCUGGUUUUAACUACAACGGCAGCGAAUCGCCUGCACGGAGCUCGGAGGGGUGCGCUGCUAGAGAUGGGCCAGACGCAGCGCCUGCGCCACGAGCAUCCGCAAGUACCCGAGUAUUCCCGAGCAGGCAAUGGGUACCAUCCCCCAUGGAAUAAACCCCAGUCACCUCUUACUGUAGCAUCCUGGGAGGGCAACCUCGUCUGCGGGUGCUAACUACCCGGUGCCAGGGCAGGGGCUGCGCCCAGGACCCAGCACACGCACGGGGGAGGGCAGCGGCCUCGCCCCUGCACCGCCCGCCGUCCCCGCACCGCGCCGGGCUGCGCCUUUCCUCAUCUGAUGGGAACAAGUUUCAGGCACUGUGAGGCAAUAGAGGACACCAGGAAGGAUUUCUUGCCUCGGUGAAAGACUUGUUACUUAACACUGGAUUCUUGUAAUUCAUAAGCAACUUUCUGACCAUUUUUCCUGUGCGUCUUUUUCACUUGGCAGUGUUUUGCCCAGAAGCUUUUGUACUUCCGAUCUUACAGUGAACUAAU